AUGAGUGAUUCAGAUAGAUCAGUGACAAAGUAUUGGAUUAACAGUGCUGUGGAGAGUAAAAAGAUUGAGGUCUUCUCCAAUGAGUACUUCAUCGCCUGUGCUAUAGGUGGUGCUGUGGCAUGUGCUCCUACUCACUCAAUGGUGACACCAUUGGACUUGGUGAAGUGCCGCAGACAGGUUAAUUCUUCUCUCUAUAAGAGCAACCUGCAGGGAUGGAAGACCAUCAUCAAGACGGAGGGUGCUGGAGCCAUUUUCACAGGAGUUGUGCCCACAUUUUUUGGUUAUGGACUGCAAGGAGCCGGAAAGUACGGGUUUUAUGAAUUCUUCAAGAAGAAGUACAGUGAUGCUGUUGGACCGGAGUUCGUUGCCAAAUACAACACUGCAGUGUAUGCCGCUGCCUCAGCAUCUGCCGAGUUUAUCGCUGAUAUCUUUUUAUGUCCUCUGGAGGCUAUCAAGGUGAAGAAACAGACGACAAUUCCACCCAAGGUUCCAGUUUUUGGGAAUUUCGCCUCCCUCUACAGUGGAAUCGUUCCUUUGUGGUUCAGACAGAUCCCCUACACUAUGGUGAAGUUUGCCUCAUUUGAGAAGAUUGUCGAGAAAAUUUACGAGACAUUGCCAAAGAAGAAGGAGGAAUACACAGCUUUGCAACAGACGGGUGUUUCAUUUACUGGUGGUUACAUUGCCGGUAUUUUAUGUGCUACGGUUUCCCACCCAGCUGAUGUGCUCGUCAGUUUGGUCAAUGCCAACAAGAAGCCAGACGAGUCAACGGGUAAGGCUGUGGGAAGAAUCUACAAGCAAAUUGGCUUCAAGGGUUUGUGGAACGGAUUGCCAACACGUAUUUUUAUGAUUGGUACGUUGACUGGAUUCCAGUGGUUGAUCUACGAUUCGUUCAAGAUCUACAUAGGCCUUCCAACGACUGGUGGUCAUUAA